AUGGCAGCCACGGGUGGAGGGAAAAUUAGGAGCAGAAGAUCGCACAUUGCUUCUAAACCCUACGCCAAGAAUAAACAGCAGCAGACGGGCUUGAUCAGCCGAGUCACCGAUACAGUGAAGAGCAUAGUCCCAACCUGGCUGCAGAGAUAUUUUAACAAUGAAGGAGGUUCACCAGGAGCUUCUGAACAAGGAACAGAGCAGAACUGUCAGCCAUCUCUUCCUCCCAACGGCAGUGAAGAGGGGCCACCGCCUCUAGAUGGACGAGACUCCCCAGAGCCCAGCACCAGUAAUGCAGAACCUUCGACGAGCCGCGCAUCCCUGAACUUUCAGGAGUAUGUGCUGUCCCGGCCUCCUCUCAGCCGCUCUCAUCUCCACUUUCCCCCACUGGACACGUCGUCUCCGGCCCCUGGGACAUCCACUGGCCUCUUCUCUCAGCCAUCCACUUCCUCUGCCCCCGGUCCCUUUACCACAGGUUUCUCCUUGGUCAAAGAAAUCAAGGACAACCUCUCACAGCAUGAGGAUGAUAAUAUUUCCACAACAAGUGGCUUCUCAUCUCGUGCAUCAGACAAAGAUGUUCCAAACUCUAAAACAGCGUCCCUUCCUCAGCUGUGGUCUCCAGAGAUGGAAAGAACACAUUCUGGCCACCACUCGUCUCAGGCCAGCAUGAAAAAGCCUUCAUUUAACUUGUCUGUUUUUGGCAACUCUUCUAAUUCUACAUUAAACAGCACAAUCCUAAAUUCAAGUCAGCUUGGAGAUUCUCCUUUCUAUCCUGGAAAGACGACGUAUGGUGGUGCAGCGGCUGUCAGAAGCUCCCGCACUCGUCCUGGAACCCCUUACCAGGCCCCAGUGAGAAGACAGAUAAAGGCAAAACCGGCUGGUGCCCAGCCCUGUGGCGUGACAAGUGCAACUGCACGACGGAUACUACAAUCUCUGGAGCGCAUGUCCAGUCCUUUAGCUGAUGCAAGAAGGAUACCUUCAAUGGCAGCAUCUUCUCUGUCACCAUCACUGGAAGACCCAAAUAUAGAAGUUUCUCCAUUUCAAGCAAAAAAGAAACGGAUGGAAAGCCUUCCCCCGGUGCAGAAGUUGACAGUGCCCUCAGUUGCACCUGUGUCAACAAACCGGUCGGUGGCCUUCAGGCCCACUCUAACCCCCGGAGUUAUGAGCCGAGCCCUGGACAGGACUCCAAGGAACACACCAACAAGACAAUCGCCACAACUACCAGAAAUGACACCAUCUACAAGCACAUUUGGGUCUGGUGCUCAUAGUUACCCUCUUUCUAGCACACCUGCAGCCAGUGCAGCAAGCUCUGGAGGGGGGAAAAUGAAGAGAGAAAAGAGCACUGCCCGACCCUCCUCCAAACGUCAAGAUGAUGACGAAAUUGCUGAGGCACCAGACUUGCCAGCCAUUUCACUCCCCAUAAGCAGCUCUGCUCUGCCUACCUUCACGUUCUCCUCCCCUUUGGCCACAACCACAUCCAGCCCUGCCCCCACCACACUCACCGUAACCCCCAUCAAGGAACCCAGCAAAGUCAUAAAUAUGGAACACUCUGUAGCAUCAUCUCCACCCAGUUUACCGUUCACGUUUUCUUCACCUAUUGUUAAAGCAACUGCUGCUAGCCCACCUUCCUUUUCCUCAACAGGUGGAUAUACCUUCAGUGCACCUGUAGCAAAGUUGGGCCCUUCUGUAUCGAAUGGGAACAGCAGUUCACCUCCAUUUGCUUCAGGGAAAACAGUAACAACCAAAAGCACAGAGGAGUUUGAAGGACCCUUCAAACCCGCCAAGACCCUAAAGCAAGGGAGUGUUCUGGAUCUUCUCAAAGAUCCAGGUUUUUCUGCUUCUGGCACAAGGGAAUGUGAUGCAGUUGUGACUUCUACCCCUUCUUCAUCCUCUACUACCACAAUCUCCCCAUCAGGACUAACUGACAUUUUCAAACCACAGCCAGGCUGGAGCUGUGACGUCUGUUUGGUGCGGAACAAACCCACAGAUACAAAGUGUGUGUGUUGUUCUACCUCUCAGCCCUCCGACAGUAAACCAGCUGCGCCUCUAUCAACCACCACCUCCACCUCGUCGCCUGUGGGCUUUGGGAAUAUCUUUGCUAAACCAAUAGGAACUUGGGACUGUGACACAUGUCUGGUUCACAACAAACCGGAGGCUGUGAAGUGUGUGGCUUGUGAAACGGCAAAGCCUGGGACAGGACUCAAGUCGUCUCUUACUCUUCCUUCUGCUUUCUCGGCUGUAAAGUCUCCAAGUCCAAAUCCACUUUCUACAGGAUCAAUUGGAUUUGGUGACAAGUUCAAACCGCCAGAAGGCUCGUGGAAAUGUGGAAUAUGUAUGGUGCAGAAUAAGGGGGAGGACUCGAAGUGUGUGGCAUGCACAACCCCUAAACCUGGGGCAUCAGGAACAUCUACAACGGAGCCCGCCGUAGCAGCCUCUUCUGCGGCACCAUCAUUGCCCACUAGUACUCCUGUAUUUGGCUUUGGUGACAAGUUCAAGAAGCCAGAAGGUGCCUGGAGCUGUGACGUUUGUCUGCUGAGCAACAAAGCCGAUGAGGUCAAGUGUAUUGCUUGCCAAACACUAAAACCUGGAGCCAAUGUAGAAUCCAAAGCCUUUGGUUCGUCGACAGAGACUAGCACCUCCACUUUUGGCUCUUCUGCAUCCAGUGAUAUUAAGUUUGGCACAACAGACGGCAGCUACAUAGAGGUUGGAGGCUUCAAAUUUGGGGGUUCAUUUCCAGAUACAUCUUCAACAUCAGCUGAAAAGGAGACACCUGCACCCACAUUUACUUUUGGAAAACCAGAGGAGAAGGAGGAGGCUUCUCCCGCUCCAUCUGGCUUCAUGUUUAGUGCGGCCAAUAAAGACCCAGCGCCGGCUCCUGCCUCGACUGGAGGGUUUUCCUUUGGCAAAGCCUCAGCUCCUGCAGUUAAGCCCACCUUUGCCUUUGGCAAGCCUGCAGACAAGCCUGAGUCCUCUACAUCAGAGCCUCCUAAGCCAGUUUUCAGCUUCGGGCAAAAUGCGGCAGAAUCGACAGCUGCUCCAAAACCAGCAUUUUCCUUCAUGGCGAGUAAUCCUACAACAUCCUCCACUUCUACGCCGACACCCACUCUGUUUGGAAACAGCAGCACCACCUCUGCUCCAGCGGCGGCUCCUUCUCCUGUGCCCAGCACAUUUGUGUUUGGUCAGCCGGCCUCCUCCAACACUGACCCACCCCAAACCAAAGCCUUUGUAUUUGGUCAAAGUGCAGACGGUCAACCGGCCGCGCCGUCAACCCCCGCCCAGCCCUUUAUCUUCGGAGCAUCUGCAAAUGCUGCUCCUGCUGCGCCCUCCUUCAACUUUGGUGGAGGCGCACCCCCUGCUGCUGCCUCUACAGCUCCCCCUGCUGCCCCUUCACCAUUUGUCUUCAAUCCAGCAUCUUCUGGCAGCUUUCCUGCCAGCCAGACUCCCUCUUUUGGUUCUUCAUUUGCUGCCCCAUUCCCAGCACAAUCUUCUCAACCUCCGGCCUUUGGGGCAAACACCAAUGCAGCGCCUGUAUUUGGACAGACCAACUCUGCACCUGUUUUUGGAGCUGCUGCCAGUUCCACACCAGCAGGUGGAGGGUUUCAGUUUGGAGGAGCUGGUGCGUUUGGUCCCUCUAACAGUGGCUCAGGCGUCUUCACUUUUGGUGCCGGUUCAGCAUCUGCGGCUCCUGCUGCCCCCAUCGCGCCGCAGCCUGCAGCGGCUCCUGGGGGUUUCAAUUUCUCCCCGACUCCGGCGUUUAACAUCGGGUCAAAUAAAUCCUUCUCGUCUCCUGGGGGACAAGCGAUUGCAGGACGCAGGAUUAAGACAGCGGUGCGGCGCCGGAAGUAG